CAAUGUAUCCACUGUGCCAAUUAGCCAGCGGGCUAGAUAACGAAUUAUAACUAUUAAGAAUAAAUCAAACUCUUACACAGGAGUUUAAAAUGUCGUUUUUACAUCUAUAGAAGACAUUAAGGUCCAGCUGGUCCAGUGUCGUGAUGGACUUCAACAGGACUGUUCUGGUGACUGGAGGCUCUGGAUUCAUCGGCUCCCAUCUUGUGUGCUCAUUGGUCAACAGACACCCCGACUGGAGGAUUAUCAAUCUGGAUAAUUUGGAUUACUGCUGCAGCCCCAGGAGUCUGGAGAGCGUUGAAGACAGAGCGAACUACACCUUUAUCAGGGGGGAUGUGUGCAACUCUCGGCUGGUAAACCACAUCUUCAAUACAGAAAACAUCGAUGUGAUUUUCCACCUGGCAGCUAAAACACACGUCGAGGCAUCGUUCGAAACUCCGUCUACUUUCCAGCGGGUUAACAUCGAUGGAACCAAAGUUUUGCUGGGAGCCGCACAUCAGGCCCAACACCAGCCACAACGCUUCAUCUACGUCAGCACUGAUGAAGUGUACGGAGCAAGUCUGGAUGAGGUGUUUGAUGAGAGCAGUCCAGUGAGGCCGUCCAACCCGUACUCUGCUACUAAAGCAGCUGCAGAGUACCUGGUCAGAUCCUACUGGGACAAAUAUAAGUUUCCCAUCAUCAUUACAAGGAGCAACAACAUUUACGGGCCCAGGCAGUACACUGAGAAGGUCAUUCCAAGGUUUCUCACCCUUUUGCAAAUGAACAAGAAAUGUACCAUCCAGGGAACCCUCCCUAAAUCCCGCCAUUUCUUGUUUGUCGAUGACGCCGUCAACGCCUUCCUGCUGGUUCUGAAGAAAGGGGUUGUGGGAGAAAUCUACAAUGUGGGCACAAACUGUGAGAUUCCCAUCAUUCAGCUGGCCAGGGAACUUAUUAAGAUGGUCAAGAAUGUGCCAGACUCUGAAUUAAAUGAUUGGCUUGAGUUUGUACCUGACAGGCCGCGGGUUGACCUCCGCUACCCCGUCAGAUGUGAGAAACUGCAGCAGCUGGGCUGGAGAGCUGAAGUGUCCUGGGCUGAAGGCAUCAGACAGACUGUCGAAUGGUACCAAGACAACCCACACUUCUGGUCAGACGCAACUGAGGACCAAGGACCAAUCAGAAACAAGUUUGAAAAUGCUGCCAACAAAUGCGCGACGUCAGCGUAGCCCUGAUGCUUGACUGACAGGAAGAAGAAUGAACUAAAGACACGGAGCUUUGACCUUUUCCUACAAACACAUGAGGUUUGUGUAGCACAGAGGCUAUUACAGCCCAAAUAACAAAUACUGAACAUAUGAGCAAAUGUCUGUCUGUCUGUGUUAAAUGAUUAAUGGACCAGCAGGCCCUGAAGUGCCAGCCAACAGGAAGGCAGAGCCUUUCUUUCAACCAAAGCAAUGUGAAGAAAAUCAGCAUCACACCUGGAAAUGAAUGCACUUUAUCUUAGUGUUGAUUACUGAUUCAUAUGAGAUUAACAAGUGGUCUUAAUAUUCUCAAUAUUCUGUGUUCUUACCACCGUUUGGAGCAAUGCAAGAAAUUGGUCAAACAGAAGCAAAAAUCAAAGACAUCAUUCCUGAUUGUCAAACUGCAUCACUGAGCUAUAAAACAUGAAACAUUUUGACUCUGCAGAACUCCAAAUGUGCACGUUCACAUACUUCCCAGUUUGUUUUAGGAGAAAAUAGAGCAGUAACUUUAAUCUAAUUUCUGUCGCUGCAUUUCAUUCCAAGCUCAAAGUCAGCAGUCAAUUUUAUAGUGUUUUGACUUUUUACAAAAAGCAAUUUGAUUUGAUAGAUACCUUAACAUUGUUGUAGCAACUACUAAUAACAAAAGGAUGAGUAGAAGGGCAUCUCAGUUAGUUUUUUAUGUAUUUAAGGUUUUCCAAUCAUGCUGUAAAAUGUAUUUAACUGCAAAUAAACUUAUUUAAUACAUUUUAAGGUAUUAGUGUUCACACACACACACACACACACACAC